AUGCUCACAGCUUUCGAAUCAGGACGAAAUCGGAGAAGCUGCAUACGGACCUUUGCGAACUUUCCUCUGCAAAACCCCGUACUUAUGGAUAGUUAUUCCAAGGUGAAGAUACCAGGAUCAAAUUUUGGAGCUCCAGAGACAAUCUCAAAGCACCGGGAAAGUGGGUGGGACGUGCUUGUGAUGGUGGCUGAGGAAUCAGUGCCUGGGGGGCAUAUCGCGUGUUUGUUAUUCUGCGUGAACUCGUUGCCUCGAUCAUCUCCUGCCGUCUGCCUUCUUGUGCACCCUCAUACUCCGAAAAUCACGCAAAAUGGCCUCAAAAUAUCUACAGAUGAUUGGAAGCUGUUCAAAGAAAUCAAGGACAACAGCAAGACGGCCUGA